UUAGCUGGAAGCAGGCGGGAAGACUUGUGAGGCGAGCCUCAACAAAUCUUCUUGGAUUCGGUAGCCCUGAAGCGCAGAGACUAUGGCGAGGGACAGCGAGCAGCGGUUCCAACGCUCUGGGAGUUCGGGUGGAAAAAAGCCGUUCCUCAUUGGAGAUAGCGAGGGGACAGCCAGUGGCAAGUCCUCUGUUUGUGCCAAAAUUAUUCAACUGCUGGGACAGAAUGAAGUAGACCUCCACCAGAAACAAGUUGUGAUUCUGAGCCAGGACAGUUUCUGUCGUGUACUCACCACAGAGCAGAAAGCAAAAGCCCUCAAAGGCCAUUUCAACUUUGACCACCCAGAUGCCUUUGACAGUGAGCUGAUUGUCCAAACACUUAAAGAGAUCAUGGAUGGGAAGGCAGUUCAGAUACCUGUGUAUGACUUCAUUUCUCAUUCUCGCAAAGAAGAAACAGUAAGUGUGUAUCCUGCUGAUGUGGUCCUAUUUGAGGGCACCCUAAUCUUCUAUAAUGAGGAGGUCCGGGACCUUUUCCAGAUGAAACUCUUUGUGGACGCAGAUCCAGACACUUGGCUCUCCCGUAGGGUUCUCCGAGAUAUCAGUGAACGAGGCAGGGAUUUAGAGCAGAUUUUAUCACAGUACAUUACAUUUGUCAAGCCAGCCUUUGAAGAAUUCUGCUUACCUACCAAGAAAUAUGCUGACGUGAUUAUCCCUAGAGGUAUGGAUAAUCUUGUGGCUAUCAAUCUGAUUGUGCAGCACAUCCAAGACAUCCUGAAAGGAGUUCUCAGCAAACACCAGCUCAACGGGUGCCUGUAUGGUUAUAUUCCUCCCUACCAGCAACAGCACUCAGAAUCCAGCAGCCGCCCACAUUGACCUCAGAGCAAGAAGAAAGGCCUGCGCUGUUGCGCCCUAUGAGUUGCAUUUUCCUAGCCCCUGCCCCUACCCCCACUAAUUGCAGGGCUUCGUGGCUUAUUAAAGUUCUUUGAAGGGACUGGUGGAUCUGCACAGAAGUCUUCCAGAGCCAGAUUAUGGCUGUCUGCAAUGGCUUUGCUCCAGCCUUUUCAUGGAGGAAUGGAGGCAACUUUCCGUAAGAUGCUAGUAAUGGUUUCUAGAUUAUAUGUAGUGUCAGAUGGUAUAACUGCCAUUAUGGUGAGACCGUAUCAUCGUUGAUAUAAAUGGAUGUACACAAGAAUUAGGAAGGUUAAAAAAAAGGAAAUUAAAUUAGAUAAUUAUAAGACUGUGCUACUAGCUAGAAGUGGCACC